CUUUCCUGGCUGCUCCUCUGUAUCCUUCCCUACAGUGGAAAGCAUAAGAGAGUGUUUCCCUGGGUUCUGUGAGCCCCUCCAGCAAGUCACUGGGACAAAGGAGGGGGCACGGGAACCUGCUCUCCUGCCUGUCGGUCAGAAGUGCGGGUGAUGGCAGGGCCUGGGCCUGGUGUCUGAACCGUGUGUGUGUUUGGGGUGGGGACAGUCUCGUGGGGCCGAGCACUGACUUGUGGGAUCUGACCCUGAAUCCAGGUCGGUAGCCUCAGGGUGAGUGUCCAGGUACAGCCUCAGCUGGCGUCACACGGGAGGGACCCUGUGGGCCUAGGUGACAGAGAUGAUGGAAGGACAGCGUUCUCUGGGGACGUGGAGGAGACACAGAGGGAAGAGGCGCGCGGGGAGGCGCAGGUGUGGGCAGCAGGGAGAGAGACAAACGUAGGUGUCGCUCUGCAAGGCCGCGUCCCAUCAACACGCCCAUUCUUGGGGCUCUCAGUGCUGACCCCUUCCCUUUGCUGGCACACGGUGCUGCAGUUUUGUAAGUUGUUCCCGUCUCGUUUCCGACCUGAUGGGCUCUGAUGGUCCCACUUCAGAAUGUCGCAGGAUCCAUGGGACGGUGCUUCUCCAGGAACCGUCCUUGCCGGAUGCAAACACUACGACGCGGUGGUCUUUGAGGAUGUGGCUGUGAACUUCACCCCGGAAGAGUGGGCUUUGCUGGAUCCUGGUCAGCGGCAGCUCUACCGGGACGUGAUGCUGGAGACCUGCAGGAACCUGGCCUCCCUGGACUGUUGCACUCAAGUUAACCCUUUUGGAUCAGGGACUCAGCUGAAUAUUUUGGAGAAUGAACUAUCCAGUGAAGAUAAAAUAGUAACAUUUACAAGAAAUGAUUCCUGGGCUCUUUUUGGAGAAAACUGGGUAUUUCAUGACAUUGGAGAUCAGUCCCAGUCCCAGGAGAGGUGUUUGAGAGGUCAUCUGGUGGAGCGGGUCUGUGAAAGCAGUGAAGAUAGUCGACGUGGAGAAACCAGAAGGCAGAUGACAAGUCUUACCGUGCGUGAGGAUCGUCCUACUGGAGACAAGUCCUGUCGCUACGCCAAGUGUAGAGAAGCCUUCACAGAUGGUUCUUUCCCUGAGAAUCCACAAAGAUCCCACCCUGGACACAAACCUAGUCCCCGUGAGGAAUGUGGGUCGGCCUGCAGCUGUGUCUCGAGCCCCAGCCCUCACGUGGACCCAGGCCUUGGAGAGAAACCUUAUGAACCUCAGGACCCUGGGGGAGCUUCGAAGAGAGACUUGAAGAGUCGCGGUAGUAAACACUCUUUAGAGUGCAAGAAAUGUGGAAAAAGUUUCCCUUGCAGGUCGUCCUUUCGGGGUCAUGUGAAGGAUCACUGUGGACAGAGAGUCCAUGCGUGUGACGUGUGUGGGAAAGCCUUCAUGUAUCAGUCCUACCUUACACGUCACGUGAGAACUCACACUGGGGAGAGACCCUAUGAAUGUGUGGAGUGUGGGAAAGCCUACAGUUGCCUCUCCUAUUUUCGAGAACAUGUGAGAACGCACAGUGGAGAGAAACCCUAUGAAUGUAAGCAGUGUGGGAAGACAUUCAAGUAUCCUGCGUCCUUGCAAGGACACAUGAUGACACACACUGGAGAGAGACCGUAUCUCUGUCAGCAGUGUGGGAAAGCCUUCAGUUGUCCCAAGUACUUCAGGAGACACGUGAGAACGCACAGUGGACUGAAACCCUAUGAGUGUACGUUAUGUGGGAAAGCCUACAGUUGUUCCUUAUCCCUUCGAGAACAUGUCAGAACUCACAGUGAAGAGAGGCCCUACCAAUGUCAGCAGUGUGGGAAAGCCUUCAGACAUCCUCGCUAUUUCCAAAGACACGUGAGGAUGCACAGUGGCGUGAAACCCUACGAGUGUCAGGAGUGCGGGAAGGCGUACAGCAGCUCCACGUCGCUGCAGGAGCACGUGAGGACGCACACCGGGGAGAGGCCCUUCGAGUGUCCGCAGUGCGGGAAGGCCUUCACUCGUCACUCCUCCCUUCAAGGACACGUGAGGGCACACAGUUUGGAGAAGCGUUACGAGUGCGCACAAUGCGGGAAGGCCUUCCGUUGGUCCUCGUCCUUACAAAAACACGUGAGGACACAUAGUGAAGAGAAACCCUAUGAAUGUCAGCAGUGCGGCAAAGCCUUCUGGUACCCCGCCAACCUGAGAGCCCACGUGAAGACACACACUGAGGAGAGACCCUACGAGUGUCCACACUGUGGGAAAGCCUUCAGCUGUCACUCCUCUCUUCAGGUACACGUGCGAAAGCACAGCGGGGUGAAACCCUAUGAGUGUCAGGAGUGCGGGAAGGCCUUCUGGUAUCCCGUGAACCUGCGGGCACACGUGAGGACGCACACCGGGGAGAGACCCUACGAAUGUCAGCAGUGCGGGAAGGCCUACAGGUGCCCCGCGAACCUGCGGGUCCAUGUGAGGACGCACACCGGGGAGAGACCGUACGAGUGUCGGCAGUGCGGGAAGGCCUUCAGGUACCCGGCCAACCUGCGAGCCCACGUGAGGACGCACACUGGGGAGCGACCCUACGCGUGUCAGCAGUGCGGGAAGGCCUUCAGGUACCCGACCAACCUGCGAGCCCACGUGAGGACGCACACUGGGGAGAAACUCUGAAUGGAAGGACUGUGGGAAAGCCUUCAUUUGUCCUUAAGAUCGUGUAUAUCCAGUCAGACACACUGGCAGGAAGCCUUAUGAAUGUACAGACUGGUGGGAAACCUUUAGGUAUAGUUCCUCGUAUAGUUUGUACAUAAAAACUCAGGGCUGGACAGCGGUCUCUCUUUGUUAUAAACAUGGUUGUGCCUUGUAAGUGCCUCGUCCCUAACAGGGAUCCCCGUCAUACUUAUUUCCACUGCAUGUUGCCAGGAGGAACCCCUGAGAUAAAACAUCCUCUCUGUGCCCUUUGUAUGAGAUAUAUUUUGUUACUUCACACAUGAAAAUUGUAGAGCUAUAUAAAAUUUCUCCUUUCCGUGACGAUGUCUUUGGGCCCCAGGGGUGACAAGUGAUGUGUGUGUGUAUCUCGCCCUCUCUCGUGGAGACCGGAAACCCCGGCUCUGUGUCUGCCCUUCCUUCCGGUC